CAAGAGGGAAGAAGCAAUAUCUUCCACAAUGCAUUUUUUUCAAGUUUUAACUUUAAACUAGCAUGUCUGAUAUACCACAUCUGUAUCAGUAGUUCUUGUACUCUUGUUGUGCGUGCUAUUCAUACCUGACCCUUCUUCCGCACUCCGCAGUAGAUUUACGCUAUAUUUGUAUCACCAGACUUGGUGGUAAAACGAACAAUACAUCUGGUGACGAUAAGCAAGCGCACGAAUAGGUGCAUCUUCACACUCACACAGGUGCAUCCUAUACGCAUACGUAGGUGCAUCUGGAAAAAUGCUACGCCUGCCAAAGGGCUAUGAGUUCUCGGGCGAUAGUCCGUCUCUGUAUAACUUUACGUUAUCACCAGGAUGGACCAGAGAAGAAAUUGAGAUUUUGCGGCUGGCGCUGAUGAAGUUUGGUAUAGGUCGAUGGAAGGAGAUAACCGAUAGCGGCUGUUUGGAAGGGAAGACCCCCUCGCAACUCAACAACCAAACGCAACGCUUGUUGGGUCAGCAAGCAAUAGCAGAAUUUUCGGGUCUGCAUAUCGAUCCCGACCUGGUGCGGGCCGUGAACGAGAAGAUUGUGGGCCCAGGAGUGAAACGGAAAAACAAAUGCAUCAUCAAUACUGGAGAUAAAGUGACGGGUGCGGAGGUUGCCGUGCGGUUAGAGGCUAACAGGCAGAAAUACGGUAUACCAGAAGAUAUCUGGCAACGCAUUGAAUUGCCGAACCCCACAGUAGGGCCUAAACCUGCGAGUACAAAGCCUACGAAGAAAGCAACCGCGGAUGACAUGAAGAGAGCGAAGGAUCUCAAGAGGAGGAACAAAUUAGCCAUACUAGCUGCAUACGAAACGGAUUGUGACGAGCCCUUCACAUCAGAAUCAGACACAGACGCAGAUGCGGACAAUACAGACACACUUUUGGAAGCCAACGAUAUCGACACUAUAGAUGCCAGGAUUGAAGAGCUUAGAAAGCAACUAGCAAAGAAACACAGCAGGAGGAUACAAGUGAGGGCCAAAAGAUUGGAAAAGGUUAAGCAGGAAGAACAAAAGGAGAUCGAACUGAAGAGAAGGGACCAGAAGGAGACAGAGAAAGUGAUGAAACGCAAGGCUACCACUAGUUUGUUGAAUAAAUUAACAGAUAGACCGAAGAAAUCCAAAACAACCACAAAGCCGGAAAGAAAGAGCGAAAGUAAAGAGAAGGACGUAAAAAGCGCACCAAAGGCAACAGAGGCAAAAACAAACAAGGCAGGCUAUGCAGCCGCUGAUAUGACAUAUAGCAGUAGUGCAGAAAUGUACACAGAAAAUGAUCUAUUGGAAUACGAUGAGGCAUGCAUAUGCCGUGGCAGCAAUACUACGGACCCUAAUUGGAUAUCGUGCGAUAUUUGCGAAACAUGGUUCCACUGGCAGUGCAUGGAAAUAACGGUGGAACCGGAUGAGGAUUUUCCAUGGCUGUGUCCGACGUGCUAAUUCUAUAUAUAAUUUCUUAUGUACGUAAAUUAUACUAAUAACGUUGUUGCCCCAAUGCUGAAAUUUCAUUCACAUUCAUGAAACGAUCCUGUUCAGCACGACAGCUCAUAUUCGUCAACGAACUGAUGGCCAAUUUAAUCUCGGUACGCCGGUUAAAGAGCAAAUAGUAGUAUUCGAGUGGUUAUCGUCCAGCAUGUAUUGCAAAUCGAGUAGAGUAUAUCCAGCUAUCCAAGACAGAUAUAAGUAGAAAAUAAGCGCACAUGCUGCAUGGGGAAACCGGUCAAGUGUAUGUAGAAGCCAGACAUACGUUUUCAAGCACUCGGCACGCAUCUCAAGUCAAUUGGGAAGUCAUGGUAGAUUUAGACUAUGUAGCGUAAGUGGUCAGGUCGCCAGUGAAAGUGCUGUCAUUGACAACUUCCGAGUUGGUGAUGAGAUGCGAGAUUAUAGUUAAAUAUACGACUUCUUCAGGAGUAGUCGAUAAGUCGUCUUUUCCAUCGAGACUGUUGGACAAGAGUUUUCCCAGGGAUUAUUUUGAUUCAUUAGAAACCAAAGCAUUAAGAUAUAUCGAGUAAGUGUAAUGUCAUACACAUGACCAACUCAAACAAGCCGAGUAUGUAUUGGCGUGACUGUGUCCUGAGUUGAAGACUGAGAUAACCCACUUUCGAUCACUGGGGCUAUAUUUGAAAGGUCAAGACUGGUAUCGGUUGUUUUAGCAUCAAAUAUGCAAUUCAAUAUAUCUCCCAGCAAUAAAGGUGCACGCACUAUUGCUUGUAUUGUUCAUUUUCAUCAGAUAGACAUUUAGAUCCGCCAAAACAUGUGCCAACCAGAUUGCAUACGCAUUUCAGGAACAGACACUUACAGAGCAUCUACAGAAAUUGAAAUGGUUUUCUACCCAAUGCCUGGGCCCUGUGAUACUUAUGGCUGCGGCACAGUCCUCUAUGCUGAAUAAAAAACAGUGUACUCAC